GGGCGAGCGGGCGGCUGGCAGCGGGGCGCCGGGAGCGCUGGCCGCGAGGGGCCGGCGCGCUGCAGGCUCCACGGCCGGCCCAUGUGCGCCGGGGGCCGGCGGCAGGGCCGGGGGCUGCAGCCGGCCCCCCUCGGGCGUCCAGCGAGGACCUGCCCGGCCGGCUGCCCCGCGCCCUGCCGCGCCCAGCAACCGGGCGGGAUGCGCUGUGCCGCCCAGCUCCCCGCCGCCCUGCCCAUGCCCUGAAGCAGAAAGUUUGGGGGGCCGGGGGGCGGGGAGGGGGACUGGCUUUCUCCUCCAAUGGCUCCAAUGACUGCCCAAGGACUCCUGCUGCCCAGCCUCGCCCGUGACCUGCCUUCGCUCCCCAGGUCGUAAUGAACUAUUCCAAGCUGUAACCAAGGCUCCCCCUCCUCCUCCUCCUCCUCCUCCUCCUCGUACCUCGCUCCACCCUCCUCGAAAAAAAAAAAGAGAGAUUUAUUUUUUAAUUCGAGCAAUUGUGAUCCGCCGACUCCCCUCCGCAUUAAUAAUUCAGAUCCCGGGCCUCGUUUCGGAGUGUAAAGAGGGGGUGCGGUCUCCCCCACAAGACGGGGCGCUGGAAGGGCAGAUUCCCGGGGCCGACCCACAUACACCAUGAAGAGGUGCAAAUCAGACGAGCUGCAGCAACAGCAGGGCGAGGAGGAUGGAGCUGGGCUGGACGAUGCCGCGAGCCACCUGCCGGCCACGGACCUCCGGCCUGGGGAGGCCACGGGUGCUAACUCGGCCGGCGGGCCAACUCCCGACGCGGGCGCUGCCGCCGCGCCCAACCCGGGCCCCCGGAGCAAGCCUCCUGAUUUAAAGAAAAUCCAGCAGCUCUCCGAGGGCUCCAUGUUUGGCCACGGCCUGAAGCACCUGUUCCACAGCCGCCGCAGGUCCAGGGAGCGGGAGCACCAGACGGCGCAGGACGCACAGCCGCCCCCGCCGCCGCACCCGGGCCCCUGGGACCAUGACUCCCCGGACGAGAAGGAGCGCUCCCCGGAGAUGCACCGCGUCUCCUACGCCGUGUCCCUGCACGACCUGCCCGCCCGGCCCACCGCCUUCAACCGCGUGCUGCAGCAGAUCCGCUCCCGGCCCUCCAUCAAGCGGGGCGCCAGCCUGCACGGCGGCGGGGGCGGCGGCGGCGGGGGCGGCAGCCGGCGCACCAAGAGCAGCUCGCUGGAGCCGCAGCGCGGCAGCCCCCACCUGCUGCGCAAGGGCCCCCAGGACAGCGGCCUGGCCGCGCUCCUGCACCAGCACCAGUGCCGCCCCCGCUCCUCCUCCACCACGGACACCGCCCUGCUGCUGGCCGACGGUGCCACCGUGUGCCUCCUGGCCGAGGAGGCGGAGGGCGGCAGUGACAAGGUCGACAAGGGGGACGUGGCGGCCCUGAGCCUCGCCGGCGGCCCGGGCCAUGGUGACUCGGACGGCCCCAUCAGCCUGGACGUGCCCGACGGGGCCCCCGACCCGCAGCGCACCAAGGCGGCCAUCGGGCACCUGCACCAGAAGAUCCUGAAGAUCACGGAGCAGAUCAAGAUCGAGCAGGAGGCGCGGGACGACAACGUGGCCGAGUACCUGAAGCUGGCCAACAACGCGGACAAGCAGCAGGCGGCGCGCAUCAAGCAGGUGUUCGAGAAGAAGAACCAGAAGUCGGCGCAGACCAUCGCGCAGCUGCACAAGAAGCUGGAGCACUACCGCCGGCGCCUGCGCGAGAUCGAGCAGAACGGCCCGUCGCGGCAGCCCAAGGACGUGCUGCGGGACAUGCAGCAGGGCCUCAAGGACGUGGGCGCCAACGUGCGCGCGGGCAUCAGCGGCUUCGGCGGCGGCGUGGUGGAGGGCGUCAAGGGCAGCCUGUCGGGCCUGUCGCAGGCCACGCACACGGCCGUGGUGUCCAAGCCCCGCGAGUUCGCCAGCCUCAUCCGCAACAAGUUCGGCAGCGCCGACAACAUCGCGCACCUCAAGGACCCGCUGGAGGACGGCGGCCCCGAGGAGGCGGCGCGCGCGCUGAGCGGCAGCGCCACGCUCGUGUCCAGCCCCAAGUACGGCAGCGACGACGAGUGCUCCAGCGCCAGCGCCAGCUCGGCGGGGGCGGGCAGCAACUCGGGGGCCGCGGGCGCGCUGGGCAGCCCCCGGUCCAACACGCUGUACGGGGCGCCCGCCAACCUGGACGCGCUGCUGGAGGAGCUGCGGGACAUCAAGGAGGGCCAGGCCCACCUCGAGGGCUCCAUGGAGGACCUGAAGGCCCAGCUGCAGAGGGACUACACCUACAUGACCCAGUGUCUGCAGGAGGAGCGGUACAGGUACGAGAGGCUGGAGGAGCAGCUCAACGACCUGACGGAGCUUCACCAGAACGAAAUGACCAACCUGAAGCAGGAGCUGGCCAGCAUGGAGGAGAAGGUGGCCUACCAGUCGUACGAGAGGGCACGGGACAUCCAGGAGGCCGUGGAGUCCUGCCUGACCCGGGUCACCAAGCUGGAGCUGCAGCAGCAGCAGCAGCAGGUGGUCCAGCUGGAGGGCGUGGAGAACGCCAACGCGCGGGCCCUGCUGGGCAAGUUCAUCAACGUGAUCCUGGCGCUCAUGGCCGUGCUGCUGGUGUUCGUGUCCACCAUCGCCAACUUCAUCACGCCGCUCAUGAAGACGCGCCUGCGGGUCACCAGCACGGCCCUCCUGCUCCUCGUCCUCUUCCUCCUCUGGAAGCACUGGGACUCCCUCACCUACCUCCUGGAGCACGUGCUGCUGCCCAGCUGAGCGCCCCGCGGGCCAGGAGGGGCCCGGUGCGGUCUCC